CUACGGGGGGAAAUCCGGAAGCGCCGCUGCUCAGCUGGAACCCUGGUUGGGGUUGCUGAGGUUGCAGGUAAGGAUGGCCGCGCAGCGGAGACACGUGUUUGUUGGAAAAGUGCUGAAGAAACUUUACCCUGAUGUUCCACAUGGCCAAGAAAAGAAGGCACCAGUGACUCCAGCUUCCAAAAACCCACUUGAGAAAGUGGCUCCUGAGAGAUUGAAGGGGGGCAGCAUCCGCCCUGUGUCAGGUAGUGACACUCAGGUCCGGCCUGCACGACGCCUAUACACUGUGAGCCUGCCCCCCGAGGGCUGGGCCCCCCCUCCAGAGCCCCCCAGCUUCUCCAGCCCAGAGGGCUCCUCCAGCAGUGAGGACACAGCAGAUCAGGAUCUUUGUGAGCAACCAAAGAGAAGAAGAAUUAGAAAGCAUAAAUCAAAGAAAAAACUUAAAAAUCCCAAUAUUCAUGUCGAACAAGCAGAAUUAGAGAAGCAGCAGAGUCUUUUACAAGAAAAAUUGCAGCCACGGCACACAGAUGGCCCCAUGAUAAGCAAAAAUAAAAAAAGGAAACUGAAAAAGAAACAGCAGAUUAAAAGGAAGAAAGCAGCUGGCUUACUAACAGGAGCCUCUGGCGUCAACUUCAUGUACCAGCCUGAGGAGAACAGCAGCGGGCAGGACGACAUGAGAGGAAGCGGUGGGGAGGACGCCCCAGACACAGAGGAGGACGGAGCCCUGGGCACAGAGGAGGACAGAGCCCCAGAUGCAGAGGAGGAGGAAAGGGCCGCCCUCGAAGCCACAGAUGCAGAGAAGGAAAGGGGCGCAGAGAAGGAAGGGGUUACAGACGCCGGGGAGGAAGACAUUAAAAAUACCAAUGAAAAGGCAAAUAGCAUCCUAAACUUUCUGAAGUCAACACAAGAAAUUUAUUUUUUUGAUGGUGCCUCCAGGGAUUCAGAUUCCGCUGUCCUUAUGGAAACCACUGAAGAGCUGUUUCAGCAUCUUGAAAGUCAUAGCAUGUCCUCCUCAGACGUUUUCAUCCUGGAUCACAUGAAAACGCUGUUACUUCUGCGAGACACUGAAAGAUUGAAGAGAGCCCUAGAGGUGUUUCCAGAGCACUGCUCGCUGCCACCCGAGUUCCUCUUCUUUUCCCCCUUCCAUGUCCUUAAGAAGCAUCUGUACCACUAGAACCUUCUGGAGGAUUCCCUACUGGUUCUGCAGAUCCAUCAGCUUGAGAGUGGUUGCUGCAAAGCACCUCAAGCUUAAUGAAGGUUGGUAAGUGGAGCCACUGACCAGGACAGCCUACUGACCAGGAUGGGUCACUGACCAGGAUGAGCUCACCAACCAGGAUGGGCCACCAACCAGGAUGGGCCAGCAACCAGGACGGGCCACCUACCAGGACAAGCCACCAACCAGGACAAGUCAUCAUCCAGGACAGGCUCACUAGUGCCCAGGGCUGCCUCCUUGGAGUGGGUGAUGGUCCACCAACUCCAUGGACCUGAAAACUGGAUGUAGCCUCACUCUGAAGUGGGAGCUGUGGGUAGCAUCCUGUCCACACCCACGACAGCCUUCGUCUCAUGUCCCUUCAGCAGAGACGUGACCUCCUGCCACCUCGGCCUCUUCCCCCUCCCUGAGACACUGUCCAUGAGAUAGGAGGCCCAGGAGUCAUGCCUCUUCCUGCAUAGGGCUGAGGGGCUACUCGCUGGCAGGCAUCCGCCAGCUGCUCCCACCUGACUUUCUGACGUGCCAGGUUGUAAUCCUCCCAUGGAGGUGACUAUUAAUUAAUGACACAUUGGCCAAUGUGAAAAUAAACUAAAUAUUGGCAGAUUCAUAAUUUCCUGUUAAUUCUCAACAUUUGGUUUGUGUCUUUCAGUUAUAAACAGUUGACAUCUUUGCCAUGUCUUUAAGUUAAUGCACCACUGAUGGAUUCCAGGGAAAACCUCGAGAGUGCAGAUAAGACUUGACCCUUUACUUGAUUCUUUCUGGCCUCAGCUCGGAAUCUCUGUGACCUCUCCUGUCAGGUCACUGGCCUUUCCUUUGUCUAUUUCCCUGGCCACCCCCUCAAGUAUAGAGGACGGGGGUGUCAUUGAGCAGCUGGGAUAAUGAGGGCUCCUCAGUUUUGUGUAUCAUUCUAAUUUAAAAAGAAAAAUGCCUCUGCUAGAGACAAAAAACAAGUGAACCUGGUCUCUGUCGGGAUAAACACACUGAUCUGUUUCUCCCAGUGUGGUUGAAGUGGGAUGAUAAUUAUAUCGAGUUAUCUUUCGCAAUUUGCAAAAUAUUCAUUCAGUCCAUGUCGCUUGUUCUCUGUAAACCAUACCAAUGAAGGAACAAAGCACUUGCAAGACCACAGGGAACUCUGCUCAGCUCGCUGACACGCGACAACUGUAUCAGAAGGUAGCCCAGCCUUUCCCGCUUCCCAAAGAGGUGGCAGCGUCUGGCCUCUUCUGCACCCUGACCCUGAGGCUCAGUGUUUGUGGGGAUACCUGCCCUGGCUUUGCCCACCCCCGCUUGGACUGGUUCUAGGUUUUCUCCGUCCAGUGCUUGCUGUGCCCAUUUUUUUCCAGGGAGCGCAUCUUCUCAUUCACAAACCUGAUGACACGUCAGGCUCCGAAGUAAGAAACAUAGACACUGCUCAGCUUCACAGGAUGAGGACUCCCAGGACUCACACGGCGGGGGACUGCCUGUCUGCUUCUGCGUGACAGAUGACCGCAAACCCAGUGGCCUUUUAUUGCCCCCAGAGGCAGUGGUCGGGCCCAUGUUUGGCCAGCUGUGUGCUGGGCCCAGGGCCUCCUAGGCUGCGGGCAGCUUCCUGUGCUUGUGGGGCUGCAGUCCUAGAUUCCUCACUGGUUGCCACCAGGGGCUGCUUCCAACUCCUGAUGACCCCAAGCCCCUUCCCGCCCACAGUAGUUCCCUGGAGGUGGCAGGAGGCUGGGAGGGCCACGUUCUAAAGGGCUUCCCUGUGGGCUCAGGCUCCAGGGUGGGCUCCCUUUGAUUCAUUUUAAACCCACUGAUUAGGGACCUUGAGCCCUGCUCACAGGGUACCAGGCUGGCAUCCCAGUGUCACCACAUGGCCUCCAGGUUUCACUUGGGCUGACCUUCAGGCCAUGUCAAGGAGCCAUGAGUGUUACCAUAGAAAUUGGAUUUUCAAAAGUGGAGAACCCUCCCCACUCAGACACAGACUCACCUGUGUGCACACUUGAACAUGUGUGUGCUCUCUCACACACACUGCGGGCUCCCUGUCUUAGCAGAGGCAGCUUCAGGAAUGCCCACUGCAGAGUCCAGGCACCUUGCAGGUGCUGGAAGGUGUACCCUCCCAGCCCCCUGUGGGCUCUGCAGCCAGACCACCCAGCAGGUGCCCUCCCCACCUACGUCCCCAUCCAUCCUGCCAUCCAAAGGAGGCGGCCGCAGGGUCACCCGAUGGUAUCAUGUGAUGGAGUGCCCAGCCCCCUGGCUGCACAGGUCGGGCAGUGGUGCCUUAGCAGAGGCUCAGAGGGAGAGGUGGAAUCAGGGAGCUCGGUCCCUUGCCCACAGGCCUUGCUGCCUGGGGGCUGUGGCUCAUCAGAGCCUCUGGAGACUGGAGUUAGCAGGCGUGCAUGUGCAUCUGCCCUGAGCUUCAGCUGCUCUGGGCAGUGCCAGACGUACAACCGUUGGUUGCUGCUUUUGGUUUUCUUCUCUUGAUGGAGAAGGUUCUGGAAGAAGGUCUCUACUAUUAGUGCCUGCAGAUGAGAGUAUUGGAUGCUGGGCAGCCCAGCGCGUCUUUAGUGGGGCCCAGUAUGCGCCCACCCCCCAGGGAGAACCCUACUGACGCUUCUGUUUGACACCUUCUUGUCCUGGAGCGCUGAGAAGAAUGCCCUGGUGGACACAGGCCACAGGCAGAUUUUCUUGAGUCCAGUUCAUUUUGCAAAAGAGAAGCUGGUGACCAGAAAACUUGGAGGCUUGCUGGUGUCACACAGCACUUUUACUAAAGGUGGAAAGUAGAAUGUGAGAUGAGUCAAGUGCAGAACGUCUGGCUGAUGUGUUAUGGGAAGUCCGUGGAAAAAAUUUACCUUCAUGGAGGAGUCAAGGGAGAAAGUUGCUUCACAAAAGCUGACAUCUGAGCUGCUCCCAAAAGUGCAGGAUGAGGGUGUCUGGGAUACAGGAGGAAGCAGAGGACUGGGGGCAACAGGGAGGGAGGAGGUGCUUCAUUGUCGUGUGACUAUUUUCCAUCUGCAGCAACGAGGAGGUAUUUUAGUCAGCAGCUAGACUGUUGAUUCACAAAAACUGACACACUGCUGGAAAUUAUUCCCAGGAAUAUCUCCUCUUAAAAUUUAAUUCGCCCUUGCUGGAAACAUGCCUUCCUAAAAUGGUAUGUGUUUUCUUCAGGGAUUAGAACAUUCCACUGUGAACGGGGACGGUAACUGAUGGCAGAGAUCACAGAAGGAACACCAGUAAGCGUCUGUGGGAAUCACAAGGCCAGCCCGUCUGGUUGUCCUCACAAACUCCGCAGUGAAACCCAUCCUCUCUUCCCAAAGAUGUUCUCAUCGCAAGUGUAGAUGCUCAUUCAACGUUUAAUUAUAUUCAUGAUGGAGAACAAAGAGGAAAAGGGUAACGGGUAUUACUGGGCACCUGCUAUGUGCCAGGCAUGUGAUCAGUCCCUUUGACAUACUAUCAAAAUAUUCUCCCCAAAACCUACUAAGGCUUUAACAGUUGCUGCUGUCCUCACUUUGUGGAUGAAGAAAUGUUUGCUUGACCUUAAUUAAGUUUCUUAUCGACCACAAGUAACAAAAUGUUAGUACUUCCUUCACUAAAGCUAACGUUAUGACCUACAUAUCAAGCUCAGCCUCACCAAUUCUCCAGUUGUCUUUUAUCGGCAUCUGAGAAUAGCUGUUGCCCGUGAUGGACACGUUCAGACAUCCAGCAUAUCCUCCUGGUGAUGAUACAUGGUGCCCAGAGUAGAAUGGGCACAGGCUCGUGUGAUCUGAACGGCGCCUGUGUGUACGAUGUGCUGGUCUUGGAUGGCUGUCACGUGCAUUGGUGGCUUGGGAGAGCCCUUGAGGGGCCAUUUGGACACUGACUGUCCUUGUACCUUACCAUCCCCCUAAAUGUGGCCCCAUUAAUUGAUGCACUUACUGUUUGUGAUUCAGAAACACCCCAGGACUGUGCUGGGUGAUGACCCACACAGAUGGAAAGGAGCCAGUCAGCUGCUAUGUCAUUGCCAUGUGUUGUUGCCACAAGGGUAAGUCAUAGCUAAAACCCCAACAGAUCAAUAGGAGUGAGAGGACAGGGGUCUUCAGGCGUGUGAGUGGCCCUGACAGUGCACUGAAGGCGGGAGCAUCAGUAACUGUCCCGGCGAGGCUGGCUUGGCUGAACUUGGCGCCAAGCUCGGCCUGAGGGUCAGCCUCUGCCACGUGUCCCAGAGGGGAAGGCUGGGGGCCAUGGAGCAGAUUGAUUUCAAGGACUUCACACUGAGGACACUACCAGCAGGAAGGGCAAAGCAGACGAAGCAGUGCUAUCAGAGCAGAGGACAGCGGCAGAGCAAGCCAAGGCCACACAAUGGGGCCAGCAGGACAAACAAAGUCGCCCAGAGGCCAGAUGCAUGGAAAUGCAGAGUGGCCCAGAGUCAGAGCCUUGUGAACCCAGGGAAGUGGAGGGUCCUGGGGCACAGACCCUCACAGUGCAUCCAAGGAAGCCCACCAGGCUGACACCUCAGAGCUCAAAGAACAUCAUUGUUAUUGCUUUUAAGAAGUAUUGUUUUCAUACUGUUAGAAAGUAAAGCAGUACAAAAAAGUACAACUAAGAAAGUAAUAUAUUGGGGUUCCCGUCGUGGCGCAGUGGUUAAUGAAUCCGACUAGGAACCAUGAGGUUGCGGGUUCGAUCCCUGCCUUUGCUCAGUGGGUUAAUGAUCCGGCGUUGCCGUGAGCUGUGGUGUAGAUUGCAGAAGCGGCUCAGAACCCGCGUUGCUGUGGCUCUGGCAUAGGCCGGUGGCUACAGCUCUGAUUCAACCCCUAGCCUGGGAACCUCCAUAUGCUGCGGGAUCGGCCCAAGAAAUAGCA